AAGUUAGCCGCGUUGAGCGAACGACUCCCGCUACAGGAGCGGCGCGAGGCCGCUACAACACACGCGACACACCGCUCUUGUAAACAUUCAUGUACAUACCUGACUGGCAACUUGUUCGUGUAUUAUAAAAUUGUUGUGAACUCAGUUUAGAUACUAUCACUAUCGGUUGUAGACUUUCGUAUAAAAAUUAAGAAAUAUUUGCUAUCUAAAACUAUGCAGUGCUAUAAACUGUCGCCGAAGCGAGAGCCCUCGGAGCAUGUUUAUGAGUUGGAGAUGAUAGGUGGUAGACGGCUUGAGCUGCCAGCGCCUCCUGGCAAGGAGUUCCGAGCCCCGUGCCUGCUGCCGGCGCCGGCGCCUCCUCCUCCUCCGACGCACUCUGUGAUCCAGUGCAUGCGGCCACCUCCGCCACCGCCGCCACCACCUCGUCUCCACAAACCAACACCGUUCGAGGAACCCUCCAGCUCCAUUCCAGACUUAGAGUUCGAUGGUACAACCGUUUUAUGCCGCGUCUGCGGUGACAAGGCCAGUGGUUUCCACUACGGCGUCCAUUCCUGCGAGGGGUGCAAGGGCUUCUUCCGACGGUCCAUACAACAGAAGAUCCAGUACAGGCCCUGCACCAAGAACCAGCAGUGCAGCAUCUUGAGAAUAAACAGAAAUCGUUGUCAAUACUGCAGAUUGAAAAAAUGCAUCGCCGUGGGGAUGAGCAGAGAUGCCGUCCGAUUCGGUCGUGUUCCAAAGCGCGAGAAGGCUCGCAUUUUGGCCGCCAUGCAACAAUCUUCGUCGUCUCGUGCCCAGGAGCAGGCGGCGGCCGCUGAGCUAGACGACGCGCCCCGGCUCCUGGCCCGCGUGGUCCGCGCACACCUGGACACCUGCGAGUUCACACGCGAUCGCGUCGCCUCCAUGAGGGCGCGAGCUCGCGAUUGUCCCACCUACUCACAACCGACUUUGGCUUGUCCGCUGAAUCCAGCCCCAGAGCUACAGUCCGAGAAGGAAUUCUCUCAGCGUUUCGCGCACGUUAUCAGAGGCGUCAUUGAUUUCGCCGGCCUCAUUCCUGGAUUCCAAUUACUUACGCAAGAUGACAAGUUCACUCUCUUAAAAAGCGGUCUCUUCGACGCCCUGUUCGUGAGACUCAUCUGCAUGUUCGAUGCGCCACUCAAUAGCAUAAUAUGCCUCAAUGGACAACUCAUGAAACGGGAUUCCAUUCAGAGUGGAGCGAACGCACGCUUCCUUGUUGACUCUACUUUUAAGUUCGCCGAGCGCAUGAAUUCUAUGAAUUUAACGGACGCCGAGAUCGGUCUCUUCUGCGCCAUAGUUCUCAUAACUCCCGACCGGCCGGGUCUUCGUAAUAUUGAAUUAGUUGAGCGAAUGCACGCGAGACUGAAGGCGUGCCUGCAGACCGUCGUCACACAGAACAGACCAGACAGACCUGGCUUCCUCCGGGAGUUAAUGGACACUCUACCUGAUCUCCGUACACUGAGUACUCUUCAUACUGAAAAGCUCGUAGUUUUCCGAACCGAGCACAAGGAAUUACUGAGGCAACAGAUGUGGGGAGACGAAGAGGGAUGCUCGUGGGCCGACUCCGGAGCAGACGAGUCAGCUCGCAGCCCCAUCGGCUCAGUAUCCAGCAGUGAAUCCGGUGAAGCGAUGGGUGACUGUGGAACUCCUCUGCUGGCCGCGACUCUGGCCGGCAGACGGCGCCUGGACUCCCGCGGGUCCGUGGACGAGGAAGCUCUUGGUGUCGCUCACCUCGCUCACAACGGCCUCACCGUCACCCCCGUGCGCCCUCCGCCACGCUAUCGCAAACUAGAUUCCCCCACAGACUCCGGCAUAGAGUCUGGGAACGAGAAGCACGAGAGAAUAGUGGGGCCCGGCUCGGGCUGCUCCAGCCCUCGCUCGUCAUUGGAGGAACACACGGAGGAGAGGCGACCCGUGCCGGCGGACGACAUGCCCGUGCUGAAACGAGUGCUAGAGGCGCCGCCGCUGUACGACACUCCCUCAUUAAUGGACGAGGCCUACAAACCUCAUAAGAAGUUCCGCGCGAUGCGUCGCGACACGGGCGAGGCGGAGGCCCGGCCGAUGCUGCUGACCCCGUCCCCGCAGCCGCAGCACCCUCACCCCGCCAGCCCCGCUCACCCAGCCCACUCCCCGCGCCUGCGUGCGUCGCUGUCGUCGACGCACUCCGUGCUAGCUAAGAGUUUAAUGGAAGGUCCGCGUAUGACUCCCGAGCAACUCAAGCGCACGGACAUCAUCCAGCAGUACAUGCGGCGCGGGGACGUGACUGCCAGCAGUUCCAGCACGUCGAGCGCCGGCGAGUGUCCCCUCCGCAGCGGUCUGCUGGCUUGUUACCGCGGCGCGUCUCCGUCUCCGGCGCCAGAGCCGGUGCUGGAGCUGCAGGUGGAGGUGGCGGACGCUCCCCUGAACCUGUCCAAGAAGUCUCCCUCGCCGCCGCGCUCCUUCAUGCCCCGCAUGCUGGAGGCGUGAGGCCGGCCCGCGGAGUCCUGCGUCUCCGCUGCCCACCCCGACCCACUUUAAAUUAAUAAACUAUGUAGUUAAUAAUCGUUCGUAAAUCGGUUAAUAUAUUAUAUGUGAUAAUUCGUUUAAGACGCGUGCGUGAGUGGCCGGCGCCGGACGAGGAGAGCGCAAUAGACUGAAAAAUAAUUUAAGACUAUAUAAGUGUAAUUUAUAAUGCAGUGCAGCGCCGGUCGCGGUGUGUUUGUGUGUGUAUUGUAUGUCCGUAUGUGAGCGUGCUCAGUCAUUUGUUUGUUAAUAUAAUGACAGGUUGUCGAAUUAAAAUAAAACAAACUUGUAAAAAUUA